AUGAACAUGUGGAGUGCUUAUGUAUUGGUCGCUGCAAUGAUUGUGCGUAUCUCUAUGGCUGGUAUGAGUUCAGAUUGCAAUUGCUGGGAGCAUGUGUACUUGCGAACUGCAUGUUCCUAUGGUGGAUACUUGGACGAAUUCACUUGUAAUGCUGUCAACUGUUGCUAUGACGACUCGACGUACGAAAUGCAGCUUCGACCCCGUCCGCUAUGUUAUGAAAAAAGAGGAACAUGUCCAGCGGAUGAACAAUGCCUCGUCCCUGGUUUACACCGAGACGUGUGCGGUCAUCGUGCUUUAGAUCGAAACCCGUGUGAAUUUCGAGGUUGUUGUUUCGACCAGAGCCAAUACCCGAUGUGUUACCGCCCAAAACCACUACCAACAACAACAACAACAACAACUCAAACCACAGUUCAGCCAAUCACAACAACAACAACAAGACGAAUCAUUUCAACAACAGCAGGAACAAACACCUUUAAUGGCGGUCCGUUUGGAUUUUUCCAGAUCGGUUCCAUUGUGUUUUACUCGCAAUGUCCGAGUAAAAAUGGAACAGAAUGUGGAACAAAUAUUACUGCAAGAUCGUUCUGCAACAUAAACCAUUGCUGUUGGAAUGCAAAUAACACUGGGACAUCCAUGUCGCCGUGCUAUCGACCGAAUGUUUUUGUGAUACGAUGGCCGACCGCCGCUCAGUGGUCUGCUUGGAGUUUGUGGAGCCUUUGUAAUAACGGCAACUGCGGUUCUGGUCUGCACUCACGGAAUCGAACUUGUGUACUUACGACAAGUGGGGACGUAACUGGGUGCGUGGGAAACGGUAUCGAGUUAGCGAACUGUUCGAAUCCUUGCCCGCCGACGUGGGGGGCGUGGUCACAAUGGGGCGCAUGCUCAAACAAUUGUGGGCUCGGAGUAAUGAAAAGAACAAGGGAUUGCGUCCAGAAAGACACAGUAGUGGAUAGUAUUCGUUGCCCUGGGAGGCGAUUUAGCGUUUACGAUACAGCAUCGUGUAAUAUAGAUCUUUGUUCAACAUGGUCGAAUUGGGUCGACGGAGACUGUACUGUAACUUGCGGUCUUGGAAUUAUGGCUCGGUCAAGAACCUGUACAUCAGAGGGCAAUCGCGGGAAUUUGCUCUCUGCCUCAUGCAGUGAAAGUUUUACCGCGUGUCAAUUGCUGCCUUGUCCUAUCGACCCAACCCCGAUAUCCAUAGUCGGUGUAUGGGGACCUUGGUCUCUUUGGAGCAAAUGUUCCGAGGACUGUGGCUCGGGUUUACGUAACAGAUUCAGGCAAUGUUACAACACUGUCACUGGGGCUUUGCUGCGGGCUGAAGAUGGACACUGUACGGGCGGUAUAUUUGCUUCAACCGAGACGGAAUUUUGUAAUGGUGGCUACUGUUCUGCAUGGUCAACGUGGUCUGCUGUGUCCACUUGCACUGUACCGUGUGGAGGCGGAACACGAAGGGAAUCUCGCACGUGUCUGAUGUCUCCAACUGAACCAGCACCCGAGGUUUGCUCAAUGCGCUCUAUCUCAUGCCAAGAAGACCCUUGCACUUUUCGUUGAUGUACAAGGAGCAUCCGAUAAUUAAUACACCUCAGAGUUCCAGAACCGAAUACAUCAAUGCAAGUCCGUAUUGGUACAAGCAUUAUCAUGAAAGACUUUGUGAAAACCCAUUUCGGUUAAGUUCACACUGACACAAGUUAACAA